CGGACGCGCCAGGCGCGGACCGGCCGGGAGCGGGUCUAGACGGGUCGGGUCGGGUCGCUCGGGUUCCGGCGGGCGGUGGCCAUGGGCAACAGGGUGGCGCGGGAGGACUUCGAGUGGGUUUACACCGACCAGCCGCACACGGCGCGGCGGCGGGAGAUCCUGGCCAAAUAUCCUCAGAUCAAGUUGUUGAUGGGUCCUGAUCACAACCUGAAGUGGGUCGUCACCCUGAUGAUUGCAGUGCAGCUUCUGGCCUUCUACCUUGUUAAGGACUUGGAGUGGAAGUGGGUGAUGUUCUGGGCGUACGUGUUUGGUGGGUGUGUGAACCAUUCCAUCACGCUGGCCAUCCAUGAAAUCUCUCACAAUGCUGCCUUCGGGAACAAGUACGCACUGAUCAACCGCUACUUCGGCAUGUUUGCUAACCUCCCCAUUGGCCUGCCGUACUCGGUCUCCUUCAAGCGGUACCAUAUGGACCAUCAUCGCUACAUGGGUGGGAGUGGCAUCGAUGUGGACAUUCCCACAGAUUUCGAGGGCUGGUUUUUCUGCACCAGGUUAAGGAAGUUCUUUUGGGUCAUCCUGCAGCCACUGUUUUAUGCCAUACGCCCGCUCUGCAUCAACCCCAAACCCAUCACUCACCUGGAGAUCACCAACCUGGUGGUUCAGUUAACCUUCAACCUACUGAUUUAUUAUCUCUGGGGAGUGAAACCGGUUGUCUACAUGUUGGCAGGAUCUCUCCUGGGAAUGGGCCUUCAUCCCAUCUCUGGACACUUCAUUGCUGAACAUUACAUGUUUUUGAAGGGACAUGAAACCUACUCCUACUACGGCCCCCUCAAUCUGAUCACCUUCAACGUUGGCUAUCACAAUGAACAUCACGACUUCCCCAGUAUUCCGGGCUGCAGACUUCCUCAGGUGAAGAAGAUUGCUGCUGAUUACUAUGACAACCUGCCCCAGUACUCCUCCUGGGUGAAAGUGCUCUACGACUUCAUCAUGGAUGAUACCAUCAGCCCCUACUCGCGCAUCAAGAGAACAGUGAAAGAUGCCAACCAGGACUAGGUGUGAACUGUCAAACCGGCAGAAUAAGUUGGCUUGCCUCCUGGGCAGAUUUUUAUAGUUCUUACAAAUCUUGUAUUCUCCAAGAACAAUGUUGUAUUAAGUGUCUUUGUACAACCCAUGCACUAAGCAACCGUGAAUAUUUAGUGUUUAAUGACGUGUUUUGGCUGCUGUAUAGCUUUGCUCAGCUGUUGUCAGACUAACUGCAGGAAUUUGAUAUGACUGUAGGAUGAGGUGUUGGCAAUGGAAAGUGUUUCAGCUUGCAGUUGGAUUGUGGAACCUGUUACCUUUUGAAUUGCUGCAUUUGCCUCCAAUCUGCCGAGCUGAGGCAAGCAACCUUCGGCUUGGCCUGUACCUGAUCACCUCACCCUGCUGGCUGUUCUGUGCCUUGUUCUUGGCCUGGUUGUUUAACCUGGCAAGCUGGGCUACAAUAUACUGAAGUAGGUGAUCAUUGCCUGCCUGGGCUGUUCCCAGCAGCUUGCGUUGUUCACCAACACUGCAGCUGUCGACACCGCACACACCAGCUGUUGGGAAGUGGUCACUUGAUGCCAGUGGAGAGCUCGAUAGUUGUGGCCAUGGCAACUACAAAUUGGGGGUGGUGGGGGGAGUAGUUCCCCUCCAGUUUAAAACCAAGUUGGGUGUCCAAUCGUGAGUCCCCUGGAAGGUGAUCUGGUUCCUCUCCCUUGAUUUUUAGGGCUUGAAGGGGAACGUGAAUGCUUGCUUUGGGUGUGGGGAAGAUUGAAGGCCCAGGACUGCAGCAUGAAACUGGCUGUGAGGAGUGAGCCUUUCAGUUGCCAAAGAAUACCCAUGUCUGUGAACUUCCUUGCUGUAUCCUGCCUGCAAUUGCUGGCUGCUUCCUCUUGACUGCAAGGAUCAGUUUCUGCACUGUUUACUUUGCAUGUUUUUGUACUGAUGCUUCUAUUAAUGUUGAAACCACCCAGAUAUUGCCCAUCUUGCAAUUUAAAAUAAAUGGCUUUAAUACUUGUAA